CUCAGUUGCAAAGGGUGCAACAUUUUCCGAGUAUCACUGAGAGCCGCCUUGAUCAAAUUUUAGAAUUUUCAACGCGAGUACGCAAUAUUGUGGCAUUUUUCAAAUCCGCAAAAUGUGAACACCACUUGGUAAACCCUACCCUGUUGGAGCAACUGGUGACCAAACUGCCACCAACUAAACAAUACGAGUGGAGCAAGCGCGCUGCACAAAUUUCACCGUUUCCGACAGUUGGUAACUUCGCUGAUUGGCUAAGCGAGUUGGCCAAAGUUGUCGCACUGAUGCCAAAAUUAGCCGACAGAAAUGUGCCAUUACCACACUCGCGUCAGGUUAACCAACCAACAUAUAGCCGCCAGAUAACGCUAGCAGGAGGUGGUAGCCGUCGAUUCCUCCACAGCAGCGAGGUACAACGGGACCAACGUCAAACCUACCGAUGUGUCCAAUGUAGCUAGAACCAUGUUUUGUCGGAAUGUCGUCGUCAAUGAAAGAUGGGCUUUGGUAAAGCGCCACCAACUAUGCUUCGGAUGUCUCACGAGCGGACACAGCCUGUCAACCUGCCACCGAAGAACAGUGUGUGGUGUCAAUGGCUGCCAGCGGAAGCACCACCAGCUGUUGCACUCACAAACCGAAGCAAGCCGACCAACAUCCAGCGAAAACCAAGUACAGCAUGUUUUCAAUUGCCGUCAGGAGAGCCAGUCAACUUUAUUCAAAAUUUUGCCGGUAACAUUGUUCGGACCCCGAGGUAAAAUAGAAAUUUACGCCAUGAUCGACGAAGGUUCGUCGGUGUCAUUAUUAAGUGACAGCAUCGCCACCAGCCUAGGUUUGCAAGGGCCAGCAUCACUUCUGUCGUUGCAAUGGUACGGCAGGAACAAAACGACAGAGAAGUCCCGUAAAGUCACGGUCGAGUUACGAGGUCCAGACGCUACUCACACUUUCGCAAUCAAAAACGUGCGGACUAUUCGAAAUCUCAAUUUGCCGACUCAAUCCUUUGACAAGAGUAAGUACAACCAUUUAAAGACAGUGCCUUUUUCGAACUAUACUGAUGUAAGGCCAGACCUACUGCUUGGGCUAGACAACUCGUUUCUGGGUAUUGCUCGCGAUGUUGUCGACAACGGUCCCGAGCAACCAAUCGCCGCCAAAACAAAAUUGGGUUGGAUGGUUUACGGGCCACUCCAGGGUAUCACCACUAGCGUGUCAAGGGUGAUGUUAGUCAGAGAGUCAACCGCACUGACACAAUUACACCAGCUUGUAGAAAAUUUUAUCGCAGUCGACAGCUUAGCCAUCAGAUGUCCGGUCAAUGCCGCACUGGAAUCUGACGUGGACAGACGCGCGAGAGAGAUACUCGAGCAAACUACCAAACACAUUGGAGGUCGUUAUGAGGUAGGCCUGCUGUGGCGAGAAGAUGACGUCAAGCUUCCCCCCAGCUACGACAUGGCACAAAAGCGCUUACUUGGUAUCGAAUCAAGAAUGAAAAGAGACAGCCAAUUUGCCAAAAGUUACAUACGCGAAAUCGACAAGUAUGUCAGCAAGGGUUAUGCUAGGGAG